AUGUAAGACUAUAGAGGCAAUUUCAAAAGAAUUGAAUUUGGAAUUUAAUAGACUCCAGUUAAAUCUACAAACAAUAUGAAUGAUUUUUAGUCUUCAUAAAAAUUAAAAUAUGAACAAGUGAGCAAUAAACCUUAAUCAGUGAAUGUUAGCUUUGUUAAUGCUCCUGUUACAAUGGUAUCAAAAGAGUUAUUCACAUUAUAAAUACCAGUUAAAGUUAAAUAAUUGACUGAUGAUUGGAAUACAUAAUUAACUUUGAAAAUGAUUAUGCAAUCAAGUUAAUAAGCACAUGGAUAAACAUUAAGAAUUGAAUUAACAGAUGAUACUAACUUUUCAUUUCUAUAAAUAUUGGAUUUAAAUGAAAGUGAAUUUUUGGCAUUAAAAAAUGAAUAAAGUUUACAUGUAGAUUUUGCUACAUUUCCAAUGAAAUUAGCAGACUUAUUAUAAUUAUGCAUAAAUAGUUAAAGAGAUGAAAAAGUGAAGUAUAUAUUAAAGAGAAUAUUGUAGUUUCUAUGUUUGUUUGGAAACCAAGAAUGGUGAAUCAACAUUAGCAGUAAUUGAAAAUAAUGAAUUUAAGAAAUUAACUCAUUUAUCAUUAAGAUUAAGAAGUGCAACAGAUGAUAUACUUAAAUACUUUUUAGCAAAUAAAUUGGCAAUAGAAAAAUAAGAGAAUGAAGAAUUUUAAAAGAAAACUAAGAAAUUGACAGAAUAAUUAGAAGAGAAAUAAUGGGAAUUAGAGAAUUUGAAAUCUGAAGUUAGAAAAUUUACAGAGGAAAAUAAUGCUGUUUUACAAUAAAUGUAAUUAGAUGAAUAAAAGAAAUUAAAUGAUUUUAGAGAAUAAGCUUUAACUAAGGAAACUAAUUUUAAAAGAGAAAGUGAAAAUGAAAAACAAUUUAUAAUUGAAAAAUAUGAAAUAAUUGUUUAAGAAUUAUAAAAUAAAUACACUUAAUUGCAAUAAAUAAAUUAAGAAUUAUCAGAAUAAAAAAUUUAACUUACUUAAUCAGAAAAAGAGUUAAAAAAUAGAUUUUAAAUAAUUUUAUAAGAAUCUUAAUAAUUAUAGAAGGAAAAUUAAGAGUUUAGAAUAUUAAAUAAAGAAUUGGAUACGCUUAAAUUUACUUAAGAAAGAUAAAUAAUAGAGUUAAGAAUAUAAAAGGAAGGAUUAGAAAAAUAAUUACAUGAUAAGGAAGAUUUCUUAAACAAUAAAUAAUAAUUAGUAGACAAUGAAAAAAAAUAAAAUGUAAUAUAUAUAUAUAUUAAUUAAUUAGGUUAUUUUAGAGGAAUAAGUAAAUAAUUAAAAGAAAUAAAUUGAAAAAUUAGAAUAAAGAAUAGCUGUUAUGAGUGAUGAAGUCAAUAAAGGAAAUUAAAUCAUUGAAAAAUUAGAAAAUGAAUUAAGUAAAUAAAAAGAAAAGAAUAAAUUAAAGAAUACUGUUGUUCUUUAAUAAGAAUAAACUGUAUAAUAAUUAUAAGAUGCAAAUGAUUAAAGCAACAAAUAAAUUAAUGAAUGUAUUAAUAUAUAUAGAUAUUAAUUAUAGUGAGAAGAGAGAAAGAUAGUUUAGAAUUGAAAUAUAAAGAUUAAGAAAAUACUAAUUUAGAUUUGAAAAAUAAAUUGGCAGAAAGUUAGAAAUUACUUGAAUCCAAUAAUCAAAUGAUAUAGUAUUUAAAUAAAUGUUUGAAUGAAACUAAAGUUUAAGCACCUGCUUAAAUGCCAGGUUUUUCAACAUUAAAAAGUCAAACUUUUACAAAAUAUACAUCUCCUAUACCAUUAUAAGAAGAUGUAUUAAUUUAUAUUAAUAAUUUUAGAGAAGCUUUAGAAAUUAAAGUGUUACAUAUUAAUAAAAUCAAAAUAAUGUAUCUUAGAUAUCAAAUGCUACAAUAUAAAACAAAUUUAAUUUCUGA